CAACCUGACUGAGGAGAGAGACCAGCUACAGGCAAGCUACAACAACUUGCCUAAAGAGAGACACCAUCGACAAAGGGAAAGAGAUGAUUUUGAAGGUUGGUACUACAUCUCGACCAAGACAAAAAACUGGAGGGACAGUAGAAAGGACUGAAUGAACAGAGGAACAGCACUGAAGCCUCAUUUAUCAAGACCACUUAACCCAUCAUAGUCUAAGCCCUGUUUCCUCCGAGCUCUAAAACGGAAACAUUUCCUCUCAGCCUCAUGGCAAAAUGUGGAGAUUAGCUACAAACUGAGCAACUCCAAUGCCACAACAGCAAACGACACAACAUUUUUUGUAUGACCAUAUUAAUGUAUUCACUAAUUAUCAGCAUCCUGUGUGUCUAGACUUAAAGAAAAAAAAAUGUCCCAACCUCAACCACCAUGUUACUAUUUCAUCAUCUUCCUCUUUUGACAUUUUCCUUUUAUUCUGGGGAUGCCAUCUUAAACAGUUAGUCUCAGACAGAGCAGAGACAGAAACAGACCCAGAAACAGACACAGGGUCAACGAUAGGACCAGAACCCGAGUACAGACAGAAAACACAGUAAGUUGUUGGAGAUGUCUGAAGCCAUCUAUGCUGAGCCAGAUAUGACCAAGAAGGUCAAGUUUAUUAACAGAGGUGAGAUGAAGGAGAGGAUAGUGGAUAUCUAUGUCAGUGCAGACACCCUGAGAGACGGUGAGACCAGCACCAAGAGAGAAGAGACAGCAGACACUGCUCCUAAUAAUGGACCAGGAGACCAGCACUCAGUGCAUAUUCAGUGGUGGAGGAGACCCUCUGGAGUUGCUGCAGUGUGUCUGGGGCUGCUGUGUGUUCUCCUCCUGGCUGGGAUCAUAGGCCAGGCUGUCUACUACAGCAACAUCUCAAAGAACUCAUCUGCAGAGAUAGACCAGCUACAGACCAGUUAUAACACCAUAACUAAAGAGAGAGGCCAGCUACAGACCAGUUAUAACAACCUGACUAAAGAGAGAGACCAGCUACAGAACAGUUAUAACACCAUAACUAAAGAGAGAGACCAGCUACAGACCAGUUAUAACAACAUGACUAAAGAGAGAGACCAGCUACAGACUGAGAGAGAUGUUCUUAGCGGCAGGCUUACCAAUCUCAAAAAAACCUGUCCUGAAGCUUGGCAGAAGUUUGAAUCAAGUUGGUACUUCCUGUCUACUGAGACUAAAACCUGGAAGGAGAGCAGACAGGACUGUCUAGAGAGAGGAGCAGACCUGGUGAUCAUUGAUGGCAGAAAUGAACAGACAUUUCUCUUCAACCUCAAGAAGAGAGUCUGGAUUGGUCUGACUGACUCUGAUAGUGAGGGGACCUGGAAAUGGGUGGACGGCACCCCACUGACCACAGGGUACUGGUAUGACCCACAGCCUGAUAAUGGUGGUGGCAAACCAGAAAAUGGUGAGGAGGACUGUGUUGAGAUACGCACAGAUCAGAGUCCUCUGAAGGCAUGGAAUGACUUGUCAUGUGCGGAGAAUCUUCACUGGAUUUGUGAGAAAGUGGUUUAACAUCACCAUGACAACAUACUGUAACACAUACAGCAGCCUUCAGUGCACAGAACGUCCUCCUUCAUUCUCUCUCUCUCUCUCUCUCUCUCUCUCUCUCUCUGU